AUUUACCAGAUAACCCUCAACAGCAGUAGGUACUUAAACAGAAAGAAGUGUACAGCAGGUCCGCGCAGUGAAAUUUAGCACAACUAAAGUUUAGGUUUUAGACAAAGAAGACCGUCCUGUGUUAAUUGUGUUUAACACUGGCCCUCAACCAACAAAAGCGGUCUGUUCGGUGUACUGUGUAGCCACGAGAGAUUAAAUAAAACGUAAAGAGCGAGGAUGUUGGUCCCCGCCGGAAGAUAAUGAAGAGGCUGCGCGUUUUGUUGGUGUGCCUCGUUGUAGCUCUCCGGUGCUGGUGUCCCAGUCAACAUGUGUAUUGUUCAGAGCCGAGCUUAUCAAGCCCAGGUCAGUCUGCCGGGGACAAAACCCCUGACAGUGAGAAGCAGGAUCAGGUGCAGGACUCCACACAACACAAGGUGGUGGAAGAACAGACAACACACACAUCAUACGAUAUGGGACUGCAGACAGAGAGCGCAGCACUAGAAAAGUUGGCAACACAAAACAGAUACCAAGAAGAGACUAUGAAUCCUCGGGAAGUGGAGGUGGAAGAGACAAAGCCAGACCCGGAGUCUGAUACUGUUCCUGUUGCUCCUGAGCCAGAACCCACCCCAGAACCCCAGGUGGAUUUGGACCUGCAGACUGACACCCGGGACCAUGAGCAGAUAUCCCCAGUGUCAUCCACUCUAGGACCAGUUUCAGCACAGCCCCAAGUGUCCACAGAUGCCCCAACAGAAAGCUUUGCUGAUAGUCCUGCUACACACCACAGCCUGGACUCGUACCCAGCCAUAAUCCCAGAUGAAGCUGUGAACGCACCUACCUCACAGAGUGCCAGCCCAGGUGCAGUGCGGGUUGCCAGUGCAGGAGAUGAACUCCCAGUAGACAACUUUGUCUUUGCUGAGCACUCUGAUUCACAGUGCGGGGUCAUUCCCCCCAAACUGGCAACCUGCGAAAACUCCCCUUUUGGCAUCGCUCUGCUCAGUGUCAGUGAGACUGGCAUAGAGGGCCAGUUGUCAGAACAGAGCCCCAGUUCUGGUCCUGAAGCAGAGGUCCAGUCCGCUCCAGGUCUUGUGGACCAGGAACAGCGACAGGAGCUGAAGGAUGCGCUAUCUGAUUUGGACCAUGAGAGCAACAUCUCCAACCACCACCAAGAAGAGCAGGCAGGGGAUGCCACUAUUGUCAGGGAGACUGAUCCAUCAGUGCCCAGCAAAGAAGACAUCCCCACCUUUGAUGAGUGGAAGAAACAAGUCAUGGAGGUGGAGAAGGAAAAAAGUCAGUCUCUCCAUACUUCAACCAGUAGCAGCCCCCAUCUAGUGAAGAAGGUCCAGAAAAACUUCAAGAAUAACUAUGCUUCUGUGGAGUGUGGAGCUAAGAUACUGGCUGCUAACAAUGAGGCCAAGAGCACUUCAGCUGUUCUCAUGGAGAAUAUGGAUCUUUACAUGCUAAAUCCUUGCAGCAACAAAAUCUGGUUUAUUAUAGAGCUCUGUGAGCCUAUUCAAGUCAAACAGCUGGACAUUGCUAACUUUGAGCUCUUCUCAUCUACACCUAAAGACUUUUUAGUUUCUAUCAGUGACAGAUACCCUACCAACAAGUGGGUGAAGUUGGGUACAUUCCAUGCCCGUGAUGAGCGCAUAGUUCAGAGUUUUCCACUGGAUGAACAGCUUUAUGCUAAAUAUGUGAAGAUGUUCAUCAAGUACAUAAAGGUUGAACUCCUCUCACACUUUGGUUCAGAGCACUUCUGUCCCCUCAGCCUCAUCAGGGUGUUUGGUACCAGCAUGGUGGAGGAGUAUGAGGAGAUAGCUGAUUCCCAGUACCCUUCAGAGAGACUGGAGUACUUGGAUGAAGACUAUGACUAUCCUCCUGGUUACCAACCAUCAGAGGACAAGGCCUCUAAAAACCUGCUUGGCUCAGCAACCAAUGCCAUCCUGAACAUGGUAAACAACAUUGCUGCUAAUGUGCUGGGUGGGAAGCCCGAGCUGGAGGGUGGAGCAGAAACUGGAGGUGCUCAUCCUUCAACCUCCUGUUUGCUUUAUACAUCCCCCUACACCUGCAGCUCAGAUGAAUUAGGACUGGGGGCGGGGGGCAAUACAACAGGAGAGAGAAAUGAAAAGAAGGGGAGCAUUGAAGUUGCACCUCUGCUGACUGAACCCCCUCAUGACUCUGCAGGACUGGAGCCUGCAGAACCAAAACACCCUGCAAUCCAGGAGCACACUGUCUCCAGUGACUCUUCAACACCUUCCCCAACAUCAUGCGACUCCCAUGAGGACAGACAGAUUGUCACUCUAGUAGAGGAGGAGGAUGAGGAGGAUGAAGAGCCCAGACAGUCUACUGUCACCCUGUUGGAGGAGGAAGAAGAGAGGAGGGAGGAGGAGGAGAGAAGAGAGACAGACAGGAACCAGAGGGAAAGCCAGGCAUACUCUCCUUUCUCCUCCUCCCUUUCUCUGUCCUGCAUGGCCACCCUACCAGAGCUGCUCCAUCGCUGGUGCUCCACCCGGCUGGCCAAGGAGAGACUACGCAGCCUUAGGCGGAGGCAGUUGACUACUCGAACACACACACACCCUGGUGCAAACACACCUGCUCUCACAGACGCACCUCCACAGAUUCCUGCACCGGACCCCACACCUAUACAAGAAGCCCUUCCCCUCACAGAAGAAGCUCCUGAGCCUGAGGUGUCUGUUAGAGGCCAAAAUGAGGGGAACCCACUGAGUGAGGUGCACACCAGUCAGACACCUCUCAGCACUCUGACACCUGAUGCACACACUCCAGAGCCCAGCAUCCUCCUAGAGCCUAGUAGAACCUCCACCAUCCCUCCUCACAGUUUCUCAGACAUCCACACCUCUCUGACCUGGCCGACCCCCACCCAUGAGGAGAAACUUAUACCCCCCAUUAAAGACGCAGCCCUGGAUCCCAUCCCCACGCCACCCUUCCAAGCUAUCUCAAUCCCAGAGACACAACAGGCCAGCAGUGCCACCUUCACCCUCACUGUCAGUUCACAGCCUCUGGCACCUGAGACAGGCUCUCCUGGUGCUCCAUUUGUCAAAGAGCAGCCUAUUCAGCCUCUACCAACCCCAUCAAGGCCUGAGGAACUUAUCCCCCCUCCCACUGAACUGCCAGCAGCUCUCUCGCUAACUGACACUCUCACAGACACAGUAAAGUCAGACACAGACAGUGGGGACUCCCAGAGACACAAUUCCCAGGCUUCUCAGAUCCACGGGGAGCAGGGGGAUGCCCUCACACAGAUGGCAGAGCCCCAUCGGGUGGAGGACAAUGUAGACGAGGACCUGCUGAGCACUAAUGGGAAUAGCAGCGUCCAACGCACAGCUACUGACUUCUAUGCAGAGCUGCAGAAUGGAGGAGAUUAUAAUGGUGGGGCAGUGAACGGCAAUAGCGUGUUGUCGAAUGGCGGAGCCGUGCAUGGCUCCAGCCAGAAGGAGAGCGUGUUCAUGAGGCUGAACAACAGGAUCAAGGCUCUGGAGAUGAACAUGAGUCUCUCCAGCAGAUACCUGGAGGAGCUCAGCCAGAGGUACCGUAAACAGAUGGAAGAAAUGCAGAGAGCGUUCAAUAAGACUAUUAUCAAACUGCAGAACACCUCCCGCAUUGCCGAGGAGCAGGACCAAAAGCAGACAGAGUCUAUCCAGGUCCUGCAGAGCCAGCUGGAGAAUGUCACCAAACUUAUGUUAAAUCUCAACACUACAGUCAGUCAGCUGCAGAGAGAGGUCUCUGAUCGUCAGAGCUACCUGGUGGUCUCUCUGGUUCUGUGUCUGUCUCUGGGCCUCCUGCUGUGUCUGCAGUGCUGCCGCGCCUCCACUCCCGGCCCCGGCACCACCCCUGCUGCCUUCCCCAAGAACAACCACUACCCCAGCCCCAAGAGAUGUUUCUCCUCCUAUGAUGAUAUGAGCCUAAGGCGCAGGAUCACCUGUCCCCUAGUUCGCUCCAAAUCGUUCCACUUGUCUUCUACGGAAGUAGGUCCAGAUGACUUGUACAUUGUAGAACCUGUAAGGUUUUCUCCAGAGAAAAAGAAAAAACGCUGCAAGACAAAGUCAUUGGAUAAGUUUGAAACUCUGAAAGCAUCCAAUCCCUGCAUUAUGUUCACAAAUGGGGACCCCAAAUGUAACGGCUUCCACCCAUGCCUACCUGCACCACCUCUUGUCCUUCCCCUGCCUCCUGCUCCACCUCCCCUGCAUCUGCCUUCCCCUCCCUCCACAGAGGAGGCGUUGUCAUUGCCCACUUGCACCCUCAAGGAGGUCCCCUCGGAGACCAGCAGCAGCAGCUCAUCUGCUCGCUCUGAAGAGCCCUUCACAAGCCACCUCCCCCCUCCCUCUCACAUCUUCCCCUCCAGUGCCCUGUGCAAUGGCCACAGCCUGAAUUACCUUCUCCAUCAGCCUCAAACCAAGUCCCGUCAGGAGAAACGCUCCAUGAAGCGACGGAAGUCACGGCAGGUGGAGCCGCAGUUCCCGCACAUGCCAGGAGGCAGCAUCACCUCUCUGCCCAGCCUGCAGCAGGUUAUGAAGGGAAACAAGGAGAUCAGCGUCAGGACCAUUGGGGUGACAGCUGUCACAGGACAUGUCUGAAACACUCACACACACCUUUCUAUUCACAACCGUUCAUACACUACAUGGUGGCAAACUUGUGAGGAGGUGAGGCUGUUCUGCAUCCCAAAGAACCACAUUUACCUUGAGCACCCUGGUGCACUGUGAAUUUGAAGUAGGUAUGGCAGCGGUAGCUCGACAUCAUGCAGUCCACUCCUGUCAAAGACCUAUUUACGGUCAUGUGCCUUCUUGACCUUUCAGUGCUAAAAACUUGAAUUUAGAAGAAUUAUUGAUAAGAGAGACACUGAGAUGCGGAAUGAAACAUUAACCCAAAUCAGCUGAAGUGUGGUCAUGUUCUUUCAACUGGAGAAGCACAGUGUCAAAUGGCAGUUGAGCCCAGCGAGAAGAGGUACUGGCCUCAGUUCUAUGUUCCCUCACGCAGGGAGCAUCAUGUGUUCAUUUGGGAUGAAAUGUGUCAGUCAGAGAGCUUUGGAGCAAGACCAACUACUUCUCUUAUCUUUAUUUCCUCCUGUUCUCCAUUGCAGUCAUUUUAUUCUAUUUGUUCUGUCUUAGUGUUGAUCCUAACAUGACUCCAAUUGUUUGUAUGGGACCAGAUUGUGCACCAGACUGUUCCUCUGUCUGUUCCAAACCAAUCGUUAAAUCUGAAUGAAGAAAACUGUUUUGCAUGGGGUGAAACAGUCUGAAUGUGUUAGUCCUCUCAGUUUAGUUUCUCAUUUAACCUCAUUACAAAUACAACAGCAGCAGUCUUUAGAUCCUACAGGUUCACAAUGGAUUGUUCAUCUAUUCAGUUGGUUUGGGCUGGGCCCAGUAGCAUUGUUCACACACCUUAUGAAGAACCGUUGUGCUGUUGCAUUGGACUGUGUGACUGCGGAUGUAAAAAAGAUUCAGACAAAGUGUUUUAUUCUUUUGUCAUAUUUUACUGUCUAUAACUGAGCCAUGCACCCCUCUUAUCACUGCUGUGGCUGGUUUGAAUUACUCCCACAACCAGUAUGGAGGAACAGGUUUCCUUUUGGGGGCACAGUGUACUUUAGGAGCACAGUGAGUAGCAAAUCUGAAUGUUUACACUUUGAUCUCACACACCCUGACACCCUGCUGGGACCCCACAGUCAGGUGUGACACACCAGUUUUAUUUAUCUAUCUAUUUAUUUAUUUAAAUGUCUACAUAUUUUUCUAACAGAGGCACUGGCUUCCCAGUUUCCCAAUCCUGCAGCUGACACAGAGGGUUUAUCCAUGUAUGUUACAUAGAAAUGUUACAAUGAAAUACACUCAGAGAUACUGACGCCCAUACUCACAGUGGGGUGGGUGGCUCAGCCACAGACCUUUUAUUUUGGGCUCUGACAUUACAGCAGCCAGUUUGCCUCUGCCUAUAAUAGCAGACAAUAUAGUAGUCGUACACCCUGCAGCAUCUUCGGUGUCCGGCUGGGUUAAUUGACUACAUGUUUGUUAGGAUUGUCACACUGCUGCUUUUGUAUGUGUUUGAGCUGCUGGAUGAUUGGAGGCUAUGGACAGGGUUAAACUGAGUGUGUAUUACUGUCCUGUCUCUGUGUGCUUGGUUCUUCAGCUUUGUUAAACAAAAUAACUCAUUUAAACUCAGAAGUCAUGAUUUCCUGACUAACUACAGUAACAUAGUUUAAUGGUUAAACACUGUAGGAUGUUCACAUAUGAAAAGGUAUUCAUUUUUGUGUGUUUUUACCCCCCACUGUGUAUGCAGUUUCUGACCAGCUCGGUGUGUUUGAGCGUGUGUCAGGUUGACAAGAGAGGGUCAUGACCUCUACUGACCAGCUUCUACACUCUUUUUACCCCCACCAUGCUUUGUGACUGUGAAGAAUAUGUUUAAUAUGCCUGCUUUUACUAACCACUGUAACAUGUUCCCAUUAGAAGUGUUCCAAGUCCACACGCCUACAUUUCAGAUUUGUUAUCGCUCUUUGAUCUUAGAUGUUUCCCCACCAUGAGCGGGCGAUGUGGUUUGUAAGGAGAGUUGUUGAAUAAAGGGAACACAGCAGAGAUGAUGGGUAUUAUUUAGGAUACUUUCAGUGUGAUUCUGUAUGAUCUUCAAGCUGAGCAAAUGUGUAUGAUUUUAAUUUGUGUGUGUGUGUGUGUGUGUGUAAACAAAUGUGCAUGUGAGAAUUAUUUUGUUGUUCUCAUGUAUGUGCCUGUUAGGUGAAAGACUACUUAUCCCCAUAACAUAGAGUAAGGAGAAAGCCCUCAGAGAGAAACUCUUGGAACUCGGUGUGCACUUUGUAUGACUCUUCAUGCCUUUUUAUUUUUCUACCUUACUGUAUAUGUCAAGUGCUUUCUUUUCUUUUUCUCUCUCAGUACUCUGAAGAGCUGCACAGUAUUUUUGAGCAGGAGUGAGUUACUACAAAAUCUGUAGUGCCAUUAGAAACUGUGAAUUUCUAAAUAAAACCUUUUUUUGUCGG